AAAAGUAAAGGAUUUAUAGUCCUCACUGUGGUGAAGUGGUUUGAGGUAUAUAAUAAAAAGUGAGAAUUGCUGAGUGUAGAGUCACUCAUUAGCAAUGAAAUCUGUUGACAUUAUGAACCCGAAUUGUGUGUUCUCUGUUUUUUUAUCAGACUUCAACGCUCUAAAAUAUAUACAUAUAUGCUUUGUUCCCUGUAGGUUAUUGUGUUAAAUCAUCCCGGUCAAAUUGGUCAAGGUUAUGCACCUGUGUUGGAUUGCCAUACGGCUCAUAUUGCAUGCAAAUUCGCCGAAUUAAUAGAAAAAGUUGAUCGUCGAACGGGAAAAACGAUUGAGGAAGCACCAAAAUUUUUGAAAUCAAGUGAAGCAGCCAUGGUGAGAAUGAUUCCAUCAAAACCGAUGUGUGUCGAAAAGUUCAGUGAUUAUCCACCAUUGGGACGUUUUGCUGUACGUGAUAUGAGACAAACGGUUGCCGUCGGCGUUAUCAAAGAUGUUGACAAGAAAGCAGCAAGUGCGUCGAAAACAACAAAAGCAGCAGUAAAAGCUGACAAAAAGAAAUA